AUGACACCCAAAUCAAUUCUCUCGGUCAAUGCCGGCUCGUCCAGUGUAAAAAUCACCUUUUAUACCUUUGAACAAGAACCUAAGGUGAUGGCCAAUGCCCAGAUUUCAGGCAUUACAGCCCCCCCGCCGGUAUUCAAGUAUACCCGGGGCGCAAAGCACUACAAGGAGCAGGUGAACGAGAGCAUCAGAACGCCGCAGGAUGGGUUCGGUUUCCUGCUCCAGCGCUGCUUUGGGGAUCCUGAACUUUCCGAGGUGGCUAGCCGCGAAGAGGUGGCGUAUAUCUGCCACCGGAUCGUGCAUGGGGGGGACUUUGAGUCCGCGGUGACGAUUGCAGAGAAUACAUCAUCUCAAUAUCACCAGUUGGAGAAGCUGGAGGAUUUAGCUCCUUUACACAACUUCUCCGCGCUUGAGAUCGUGCGCCUCUGCAGAAAGGAACUCCCCUCCGUGCAGAGCAUCGCGUUCUUCGACUCGGCCUUUCACCACACAUUACCACCGUACGUGAAAACAUACCCGAUUAACCAGGAAAUCGCCCAGCGCAACGGACUCCGCAAGUACGGGUUCCAUGGGAUCAGCUACUCGUUCAUCCUGCGCUCCGUGGCGGCGUAUCUGAAGAAACCGACCGAGCAGACCAACUUGAUCGCGCUGCAUAUUGGCAGCGGCGCCUCUGUGUGUGCAAUCCAGAAUGGGAGAUCCGUUGAUACCACGAUGGGAUUGACGCCCCUGGCGGGAUUACCGGGUGCGACUCGGAGCGGUGAUAUCGAUCCAUCACUCGUGUUCCACUAUACGCACGACGCGGGGACGUUGAGUGCUGCAAGUACAAAGGACAUGCACAUUAGCACUGCCGAAGAAAUCCUCAAUACACAAUCCGGCUGGAAAGCUCUUACCGGGACGACGGACUUUUCGCAAAUCGCCGUCGAGACCCCGCCGACUCCCGCGCAUAAGCUCGCCUUUGAUAUCCUCGUCGACCGGAUCCUGGGAUACAUUGGGAACUACUAUGUCAAGCUCGACGGACAGGUAGACGCGAUGGUUUUCGCAGGCGGCAUCGGGGAGCGGAGCGCGCUGCUGAGGAAGACAGUAGCUGGGAAAAGUCGUAGUCUGGGAUUUGCGCUUGAUUGGAAUGCGAACGAGAGGGGAGUGAGUGAGGAGCAGACGGUGGUGGAUAUCACGGCAGCGGCUGGGUCUGCGAAGAAGGUACUGAUCUGUCAGACUGAUGAGCAGGUGAGUAACAGGUGUGUUGUGUGUUCUGCUCACAUGAUACUAACCAGUGGUACCCAGUUUGAAAUGGCAUAUCAUUGUAUGCUUGCUCAUACAUCAUUAUCAUCAUCUGGGUAA